AUGUUGAUCCAUUGUAACCUGAUCUUUGGAGUCACACGGGAGAGUUAUGACAGCCCUCAGAUCCUCAAAAAGUUCUACAGCUGUACCAUCUGGGGCAUCUUGAAGAGUCAGACUGGUUCACUGCUUGUACCGUUCCUGCCCCUAAACCAGUCGGAAGCAUUCUGCAGCCAGUUUAAGAACGGCCAUUGGUACUGCUAUGUCCUCCUCGUUCUCUUCACCUUCACCCUGCCCCUGGGCAUCCUGGGUAACGUGGCGGCGCUGUUCAACUACACCUGCUUCAGGAGGACACGUAGUCUGUCCACCAGCAACGUGUUCCUACUCAACCUGGCCAUGUGCGACUCCGCCUGGAUCCUCACCCUGCCCUUCACCAUCUACUUCAGCCUCCAGAGGCCCUUCCUCAAGGACAUCCAUACCUUCUGCCAACUCAAGAAGAUCUUCUUCAACAUCAACAUCUACGGUAGUAUUCUCUUCCUCACUCUGAUCAGCUUCGAUCGCUACGCCGGCACCGUGCACCCAAUCAGCUCCCGCCGGUGGUGGGACGUAGGCAAAGCCAAGCUCUGCUCCGCCUGCGUCUGGGUCUUCCUCUUCCUGGGCUCCAUCCCUGAACUCUUCUUGAACUUCGCUAUCCAAAGACCGGAGAAUGUGACCGUGUGCAUGGACCACAUCCAGGGUCCAUUCGUCUAUGUCAAAACCAUUUCCAUCAUCAGGACUCUGGUGGGCUUCGCCCUGCCGUUCAGUGUCAUGCUAGCCUUCUAUGUGAUGACAGUGCGGGUGUUACGAGGAAUGCCCAGGGGAAAGAGAAGGGGUUGUGGCGGGUGUCAGUGGGUGGGGAAACCCCUGCUGCUCAUCACCGCUGCCCUGCUGGUGUUCGUGGUGUCCUUCGUGCCCUACCACGUCAUGAUCAUGACCCUGGUGUUCAUGAGGAUCCACGACCAGGUAACUCCCGCCAACGUGCACAUCCUCUAUGCCUCCUAUGAGUUCUUCGAGGCCAUGUGCAGCGUGAGUAGCUGCCUGGACCCCAUGCUGUACAUCCUGGCCAGUGACAGGUUCCAGAGGAGACUGCAGGCCCUCAGGAGGGGCCACCACAGGGCGCUAUGCUGCAGGCGUAGCAGGAGGGUAGAGGUGGAGGGCUGA